CCGCUCUUCUUAUAUUAUACACCAAAGCCAUCGCAUUGAUCACAAAGACAAAACCAUCAAAGAAUCCCCAUCGAAAAGAAAAAAACAAGUACUUGAAGAGUUUAAAAGAUAAAGAAAAUGGAAGGCUUGAUUCCAUUCUUGUACAAAGCCAUGGUCAUGUAUAAAAGAGAAGGCAGUUUUUCGUCAGCUUUGCUCAGCGAUCAUCAUUCUCCUUCAACUUCCGGUUACUAUAUGAGACUUCCUGGCAACUCCUCCGGUAGAUUUCGAAAGUCAGACUUCAGGCGAUUUGGGACGGACCGUCUUGGAUUGCUUAAAACGACACCUUCUUCACCAUCUCGCUCGCCCACUAGAAACAUCACGAAACGUACGUAAGGAGUGUUCUUGAUAUACUAUUUACGUAAAGAUAUAACUACUAUGUAUUAAUAUAUGUUACCUGUAGUUCACCGUAGAUUAUUAUACUUGCAAGUAAAACUGUCUUUUGUUGAGUCGUCAUCAUAAUCAUGGUUAAACUGUAAAUAUAAGGACAUCCAGAAUUAUGAUGAUGGAAUUUAACAAAGAUGUUAAUAAUUUACGGUGGAUUGAUCAUGUAUUUAUAUUUUGUGUAAUGGGGUUGUCGAUAUUGUGUGCACUUGUAAAGUAAAGUGUGUAAAGUGUGAUCAUUCAAAAAAAUAAGUGUGUAGUAUCAUAUGUGAAUAUUUUUCUAUAGCAAACAUCUUUUAUCA